UUUUAAUCAACAAAAUAUCUUUUCGUUCUCAGCUAGAAAUAUCUCUCCUCUCUCACUCCUCCAACCGCCAUGUCUGCCGCCAACUCCGACCACCACCUCGACACCCCAAUCCUCGAUUCCGAGUGGACUCACCUUAUCCAAUCCAUCUCCCAGCAAGGCGGCUACGCCUACGUCAGAAUGGCGUCUCGAGCCGCCGCUGGCGACCUCCGCGCGGCGGAGGCUGCUCGCGAGAUGGCUUGGGAGCAGCUCCACUCGGGUCCCUGGCACUCCGUUGUCCCCGUUUGGCGCGACGCCUACUCCAUGGCCUGCCUCCACGUGUCCAAGCUCCAUGUCUCCGCCGGUGAGUUCAGCGACGCUCUCCGGGCACUCGACAUGGGCCUCAUCAUGGGCGGCCCGCUCUUGAAACCCGACUUGCACUCCCUCGUCACUGUCGUCUCCGCCAAAGCCAGGGCCGCUAGGGUUUCUCAGCAGCAGCAGAAAUGUCCCAAUGCGGACCGCCGAUUGGUCCGUGACGACGUCGUCUCUAAGGAGUUGCUUGGAGUUUUGCCCAGAAAGUCCCUUUCUUGUAAAAUGGUUGUGAAGAGAUCAGGCCUGUCUUUGGAGGGGUUUUUGAGUGAAUACUUGUUACCAGGUCGCCCGGUUAUAAUAACCGAUGGUAUGGAUCAUUGGCCGGCCAGUAGUAAGUGGAAUGACUUGGAUUAUCUAACAAAGGUUGCCGGUGAUCGCACCGUGCCAGUUGAGGUCGGGAAAAAUUAUUUGUACCCAGAGUGGAAGCAAGAGCUUAUUACAUUUUCCCAGUUUCUUGAGAGGAUUCAGGCUAGUGGCUUUACUUCUGCUGCCCCAACAUAUCUUGCUCAGCAUCCAUUGUUUGAUCAGAUAACUGAGCUACGUGAGGACAUAUGUAUUCCUGACUAUUGUUUUGCCAGUGGUGGCGAACUAAGGUCUCUAAAUGCUUGGUUUGGUCCAGCUGGGACAGUAACUCCAUUACACCACGAUCCACACCAUAAUGUUUUUGCUCAGGUAGUUGGCAAAAAGUAUAUUAGGCUCUACCUUGCAUCAUUGUCCGAGGAACUCUACCCAUACACUGAGACGAUGCUAUGCAACUCGAGCCAGGUUGAUCUAGACAACAUAGAUGAGAACGAGUUCCCAAAGAUGCGUGACCUGGAAUUUCUUGACUGCAUUUUAGAGGAAGGUGAUAUGCUUUAUAUCCCACCAAAGUGGUGGCACUAUGUGCGAUCUCUAACGCCAAGUCUCUCUGUUAGCUUCUGGUGGAGUGAGCAUGAAAGUUCAUAGCUUUUUCGGUGGAGUGAGUAUGAAGUUCGUAGCUUUUGGUGGACGAAGUAUGAAAGCUCAGCUGUAUCUUGCUUAUGUUUUUUAUCAUUGGUAUAAACAGGGCACUUUGCAACAGGAUUACAUUCUCAUUGAUAACCAAUUCUGCUGAGUUUUACAGCAUAUCAUAAGACUCACAGAGGUCUCAAUUAGAAGCAACUGUUGCAACAUUUUUGAGGAUAACAUUUCAACA